AUGAAUACAGAGGAAGUGUUUAAAUUGGUAGCCAGAAAUUUAAUGAGGGAUGGAAAGUCAGAAGAACAUUUCUGUGACAAUGAUUACACCCACAUUCAAUGUUUCAUCACAGAAUUCCAGGAGCUGCAAGUUAACUGCUUUUAUGACAACAGGAAACUCACUGAGUGGGCAGAUGUUGUAUUCCUCUGCUGUCUUCCAUCUCACCUUGCACACAUUUGCUCAGAAAUUCAGGAUAUACUCCAAAAACCCUGUAUUAUAUACAGCCUUGUUACAGGGGUUCCUCUGGCCAGGGUGAAGCAACUCCUUUCUUCUAAUUCCAUUUUGAGGCCGCAGUACAAGUUCAUAGACAGUGAUCUUACUCAUAUAUGGUUAGCAAACCGGACUGUUGUGGAUGCCCUCAAAGACCCAGCUGUUAUCCAGGCAACAUGUCCCUGUAACCAAAAAGGGGAAAUUGUUGUCAAUAGAGAAUGGCUGGCAGCAGUUUUCUAUGCAGCUCUGAACAGCUAUACAUGGCAGGGUUUGUCCUAUGCAAAGGCCCUGAUUUUGCUUAGUCAGGUGUGCUUUCCUGAAGAUGAAUAUGGAGAAGAUAAAUUACCACCACUUCUGCUUUGUGAAAACUUUAUCAACCCAACCUUUGCUUCCUCCCUGGAACCCGAUGAUCCCUUACCCUGGUUUGACUUGACAACUGUUCAACUGAGAGAUUCACCUUUUGGCCAGCUUCUUGCAACCGAUACAACCUUCCAGGACAACAUUGCUUCAUUCUACUGUAACAUGACAGCAGCCAGAUUUCCCACAAACAAUGAAGGCACCAUGGCAGUUUCCUUAAAAAAGACUUCUCUUUCAGCUGUGCUACUGAACCCCACCAAAAGUCUGAAUUGGGCUGUGAUGUCUAAAGCAGAAGAGGCAUCAAGCACUGAUUCUGAAGAGACUUAAAUCAAACCUUUUUAAAUUCCUAAUCUUCAGAAGUAGGAAGAGUUUUACUUUUUAGUAAAUAUAUUUUCCAAUAUAUUUUAUUUCUUAAAAUAAUACAAUUGACACUGGGAAUAAUCAUAAGCU